AUGAGCUUACCUCUUUCAACAAAUUCUUCAUCUUCCGAUUCUUCAUCCUCAUCAUUAUCUUCAAAUAUUCAAUUAACAACUUCCUCUUCAACUUCAAUAACAACAAAUUCAUUUCAAUCCUCUCCAUUAUUUUCUGAUCCAGAUUCUACAACAACACCGACAACAACAACUUAUAAUAGUGCCUUUACUGCAACAAAGGAAUGUAGAAUUGAAUUGGCAAAUUCGCAAUUAUGGGAAAAAUUUGCAAAAGUUCAGAAUGAAAUGGUUGUGACAAGGCCGGGAAGAAAAAUGUUUCCAAAAUUGGAAUUACAUCUUCACAAUUUGGACCCAGAUUCACAGUAUGCUCUCUACCUAUAUAUGCAAAAAGUUGACAAUUUGCGAUACAAAUAUCAAGCCGGAGGUUGGUCUGCUGCUGGGCACGACGGGGAAAAUGGGAUUCAACAAUCUAAUUUGGUACAGCACCACGAAGGGUUGUGUACAGGCAAAUUUUGGACCAGUCAAGGACGUAUUAGUUUUGAAAGAGCUAAAUUAACAAACAAAGAAAGUCAACUAGGAGGAAAUUCUAUGAUUUCUUUGUCAUCAAUGUCCAAAUAUCAACCAGUUAUUUGGCUUGUUAAAGGUACUCCAACUGCUAAUGUUUUGGUUGCUGAGUAUCGUCCACCGCAAUGUCAAUUUAUUGCUGUUACUGCUUAUCAAAGCGAAGCUGUUACAAAGCUUAAAGUUUGUUCUUUUGUUCUUAAAAAAAUAUUUGCUCUUUUUUAUCAGGUUGAACAUAACCCUUUUGCUAAAGGAUUCCGUGAGGGGUCUUCUCGUAAACGAACCUUAUCACCUUCUUUUCCUCCAGCUGGAAAUACUUAUUUUCCUUCCUUUAUUAAUUCCCCACUUUUAAUGCCUUAUCAAUUUCCUUCAAUAAAUCCUCUUCCGCAACAACAACAACAACAAAAUUCUGUUGCUGCCUAUAUGAAUUUUAUGAAUGCUUUUCAGCAAUAUCAAUCAUCACAACAAAAUAAACAACAACAGCAACAACAAAUCACUCCAAUCUCGCCACAAUUGUCUUCAUUUUCGCCUUUUAAUAUUUUUGGACAGACAUACCCCCAACAACAACAACCCCAAAUGAAUCCUCUACAGGUUCGAGCAAUGGCAAAUCAAAUGCUUGGACUUAUGGGAAUAUCUGGUGCUGGUGUCGGUGGUGGAAUUCCUCUUUCUUCUCAAUUUUCUCCAAUUUCCUUUCCUUUGCCUUCUUCGACAUCAAAAUCUUGGACAUCACCACAAAUUAAUAAUAAAAGAAGUCUUCAAGAUGAUGAUGGAAGUGCACCAGCGAAAAAGGCAAAAAUAUCAACAACUUCAACCCCAACUUCUCAGCAACAACUGCCAUUAAAUGCUUUACAAUUACCAAUACUUGGAGGGAAUCCGGGUCAAUUAACUAAUGUUAAUAAGAUGUCAACCAUUCCAGGAUGA